AUUUGUUUGAGAUAAAGAUGUAUAUAUAUUAUGUGAUGAUCAAGAUAUAAAAUACACUCAUUAUCAUUCUUCUUAAAUAUCAUCUUUUGCUAUUAUCAAUUAUUUAAAAUCUUGUUGUGAUUACCAUAUAGGAAAAUUUUUACUUUUGAUAUAUGAAUACAUUGAAGCUACAAUUUGUUAUAGCAAACAACUCUGAUUUUGUAACAAGUUUUUUGAUAUUUUAUUGAUAAGUAUCGUGUAUUUCUAAAUUUUUUUAUCUCUGAAGCAUCUUGCAUGAUAUUACAAUAUCACAUUAUAACAUUUUUUUUUAUUAUAAUUUUAUAAUUUAAUAAUGUUAUUUUUAGUUUCAGUUGGAAGUGCAAUUGGUCUUUUCAUGGGUGCCAGCAUUUUAAGUAUCUUUGAAAUACCAUAUUGGUUAUUCAUUCGUCGAGACAAAAUAAUAUAAGAUUCUAAUUUUAUUAUCAAUCAAAAUAUUAAAAUAUGUAAAUAGAGAUUGAAUUUAUAUUAUCUUUUUAAUUAUUGAUUUUUUAACAUGAAAUGUAAUUAUUUCAUGUAAUUAUUUUGCACACAUAUUGUAUAUUUCAAUAAAAAAAAAGAUAGAGCAAAUAGUUUAAUAUUAUAAAUAAUAUAACAUAUGUUUUACUAAUUAUUAUUCGGAUAUUAACAUGAUCCGAAAAUUUAUUACAGUUUUAUCUUUAUAUUAUUUGUUGAUAAAUGUACAUACGAAAUUAAAGAUAUAAAUAUCUUCUUGUAAAUACAUCAUAAAGAAAUCACUUUAAUACACAUUGAUACUUAUAUAAAGACUAUUUCACGAUACGAUAUUUAUUUUCUCGACGAUGUCAAAAUCAGAGUUAGAAAUUGAAAUCGCAUCAGAAUGCUUGAAUGGUAAAAAAUUAUUUUCUAAUAUUCAUAGUUUUAAUUUGCUCACAUUUCAAGAAGUGCAAACUUUAGUUAAACGUAUCUCAAGUGAUAAAGCAAUUGUACAAAAGUAUUCUCUGAAAUCAUAUUCUGAUGGAAAACUUGGAUUUCUUGGAUCCCAUCAAAGGCUCAAUGUGGAGAUUAAAACCACAAAUGGAAAAGAUAUAUUAACUUUUUUUGUUAAAACUGUGCCAUACGAUUUACCAGUUCAAGCUGAAUACGUGCUCGAUAAAUGUGUCUUUUUGAAAGAAAAAAUUUUUUACCGUGACAUAAUUCCACAAUUAUAUCAUGAUUAUAAAGGUGAAUCAUGGACAGCAACUUGUUUCUUAAUAAAAAAAAAUUUGUUAUUAUUCGAAGAUUUAAGUACCAAGGGUUACUCAUUGAGAAAUAAAUUGUUCAACAAGGAACUUAUUGUAUCUAGUUUAACAAGCAUUGCUAAAUUACAUGCAUGCUCUUUAUUAGCAGAAGCACGUCUUGGAAAAUCUCUGAAGGAAUUAUACCCGCAAGCUUUCGUAGAAAAUGCUUUUUCCGAGACUGGAAAGACUAGCGAAUGGUUUGAUGUAAGUGUAAAUGCUAUAAUUGCUAUCGCUAAACAUCUUAAUCUGGAUGCUAGUUUAAUACCAAAAACUUGUAAAGAAGUAUAUGCAGCUUUAAAAAUGUCAUCUAUAAAAAAGAAUGUAAUUAGUCACGGAGAUUUAUGGGGAAAUAAUCUGAUGUUCAGUAAUAGUAUACCUCCGAAGUGUCUGUUGAUUGAUUUUCAAUUAAUUAGAUAUUCUCCUUUGGCGCAUGAUGUAAUACAACUUUUAUAUCUUUGUACUGAUCGUGAUUUUCGAGUAACUUGGGAAGAAACUAUGCUAAAGCAUUACUAUAGCGUGUUAUGUGAAACUCUAAACUCGACAAAAACAAUUUCUGUGGAAAUUCCAGCUUGGUCAGAAUUAAUUGAAGGAAUAGAAGAACAGAGAUUAGCUGCUAUAAUUACUGCAGCUAUAUAUUUUCAAACUGUAUUAUUAGAUGAGAAAUUGGGAGCAGAAAUUUUGAGUGAUCCUAAUAGUUAUCAUGAAUUUGAAUUUAAAAAUAGAAAUGAAACAGUACUUAAACUCAUGGAAAUUGAUCCAAUAUAUAAUAAACGUUUAACAGAAACUGUUACUGAAUUAGUUGAGUUUAGUUUUCGGUUAAAUGAAUUACCGAAACCAACAUAAUUUUUAUUAGAUAAUUAAUAAAGCACAUUUUUUUUACACUUUAAGACAAAUUUUCAAUAAAAAUUAUGUUAAUUAUUGCAAGAUAUUUUAAAUAUAUACAAUAUUUAAAUGUAUAUAUAUAUAUAUAUAUAUAUAUAUAUAUAUAUAUAUAUAUAUAUAAACAUAGUAUUUGUCAAUAUAAUAAAUAAUUCAUGAAAUGAAUUGUAUCUGUAUUCGUUUAGUGAUUCAUUAAAAAAAACUAAAUUAUUUAUCUUGCAAUUUUACAAAUAAUUAAUUUUUUAAAUGUAAAAAUAAUAUGAAUAAACAAAAUCAAAAUAAAAUUUAUACUAAAUCAAUGUUCAAUUUCUUCUCGAUCUGGAAGUAUAGUUGAGAGAAAAGACCAAUUAUGAUCAACUAGUUGCACUUUUGUUUCAUCAACAUCAUUGAUUUCAAUUACAGAUGGUGAUUCCUGUUUUUUUGAUCGUGAUAAUUCUUCUUCACUGUCUUCAGCUGAAUCCUCUUGUAAAUCUUUUUGAAUUAUGUUAUCUCUAUAAAAAUUAAAAUAAAAAUAAAUUAUAUAAGUAUUAUAUCAUAAUUUUUAAUAAAAUAUAAUAAAUAACAAAAAUUAUUUAAAAA